AUGCUGCGUGUAGCGCAGCUGGACUCCGCAGCUCUUGACGACGAAGUACGGUCGAUAUUUUGGAGGGACUUUCAAACAAACUUACCGAUAACGCGGAAUAAAGAAGAGUACCAACUAUUGUUGGAGAGUUUGGUUUUCCUUUUCAGCUCUAAACUACUGGCCGGAUCCUUCACCAACACAUACGGAUCGAGAUUGAGCGGCGUUUCCUACACAUGCAAAAGAAGGACUCUGUACCUGAUAACGACGCUUUCCGGUUACCUGGAGUCGAAAUUAUCACAUUUUGUCUUCAGCUCCUCGAACCGGAUAGUGACGAAUAACAGUGACAAAUUACGAAAAGCCUUCAGCUAUCUCACCACAGUUUAUUCUUUUUUCGACGUUUUCCUUUUUGCAAAGUUUCUCUCCAAUUUAUCGUCAACAUAUCUUUCCCCUUUACACAGGCUUCUAGGAGUUUCGUUCAGCGGCAGCGAUUCCAGCGCAUCUACCUUCCACGAUAACACAGUCUACUCCCAGAUAGAAUUCCAGAACAGACAGCUUUUAUGGAAUGCCAUAUUGGAACUAUUCAAUGUUACCCUGCUGAGCAACGCGAAAUGGUUUCACAGACACUAUUCGUCCAGCAGCUCAACAGAUCAGAAGCACUCUGUCGCCUCUUCCGAUGACGCUCACUGUCCUUAUUGCAAUCAGUUCCCAACCAAUCCCUAUGUCAUUUCAUGCUGCAAUUCUACGUUCUGCUAUCUCUGUGUAGUGAAAGUUCUAGAAUGGUCGCACUGUCCCCGUUGUGAUGCGACAGCCAAUAUAAAGGCUAGUCCAUUGUACUAA